AAAAUAAUGAGUAAAGCGAAAUCGAGAUAUUCAACAGAAGAGUAAGCUGCUGUCUAAUCAAAAGUAGUAAUUUAAGUAUCUAUGUAAAAUAGCAAUCAGUUUAAUUACCAAGUAUUAAAUAAGAAUAAAUAAAUUCUGUAUCAGUUAUUGCUUUAAGUGAAUUAUAUUAGAUAAAAAAUCAUAUAUAGGGUGAAAAAUAAACCAAAAAGGUAAUAUAAGUUAUAUUAAUAGACACUUGAUAAUUAAAGAAUUUGGGCAUAAAGAAUUACUAAACAAAGAUAAUAAAAAGAAGCUGAAAAAUUAGAGAGAUUUACAAAAGAGGAAGAAGAAAGAAGAAAAAUUGAUAAGGAUGAAGAAGAAUAUUAAGAAAGACUUAAAAAUGAAUUAGUGAAAGAAUCUAACUAAAAAAUAUUUGAUUAAAGAGCAGAGUAUGAUAAAAAUUAAUAAAAUUAUAGUGUUCGUAAUUUGAAAGCAUAAAUGAUGUUAAGUGAAGUUGAGAGAACCAAUGAAUAAUUAGUGUCAAUUAACAAAGAAUAAAAAGAAUUAAGAAAAAUAAUUGAGGAAGAAAAAGAGAAAGAAUAUGAAAUGCAAGAGUAUUAUAAAGAAUAAGAAUUAAUGAUGAGGAAAGAGAAAUAAGCAAAAAAGAAAAAAGAUUGUAAUGAGAUUUUAGCUGAUUAACAUAAGUAAGUUAAGGAGAGAUAUUUGAAAGAAAUGAUGCUUGAAAAAUAAGAAGGAUAAUUGAUUAAGAAAAAAGCCUAAGAAGAUGAAAUUCUUAGAGAGUAUUAAUUUAAUAUUAUUAUUUAGAUAAUAAAAAUAAGAUAUAAAACAUAAAUAAUAAAAAUUACUUAAAGAGCAUGAAGAAUUUAUGGAAAAGAAAAGAGAAUUAUAAGAAUUAGAGAAAAGUAUUAUAGACGAAGAAGAUAAGAAAAUUGUAGAGCAUGAAUAUCAUAAAGAAAAAGUCUUAUAAAUGAGAAAAGAUAGAGUAUAAUAUUAAUUUUAAGGUUUUAGGAAAAUCAAAAAUAAUAAAAAAAGGAAUAGUUAAGAAAAUAAAUAUAUGAUCUUAGAGUAGAAUAAUAAAAAUAAUAAGAAGAUAAUUAUUUAUCUACUAUUUAAAGGCAUGCUGAAGAACUUAAAUAAAAAUAAGAUGAAGAAAUUAAAUAAAAAGAAUUUGAAAAAGCUUAAAAGAUUUAAGAUGCAGAAACAAUGAGAUAAAAAUAGCUGUAAAUUCAAUAAUAAAAGAAAACUAAUUUAUAAGUUGAGCAGGAAGUAGAUUUUAAAUAAAAAUUAAAAGCAUUAGAAUAACUAGAAUAAGUAGAAUAACUAUAAAAUGAUGUGUUGAAAAAAAGAAAUAAAGAUUUAUAGGAAUUCUAGAAAAUAUAAAUAGUAAUAGUUGAUUUUAUACAAGGAAGCUAAAAAAUAGUAGCGAAGAAACUAAUAUAUGUAGGAAUUGAAAGAUUCUUUACAAAUGCAAUAGAGAAAUCAAUCUGAAAAGUAAGUAUAUAAUUCUUGGGCUUAAUAAUGUAUCGAGGAAUGGAAAGACAACGGCAAAAACAUAUUGCCUAUGGUGAAAGCACUUUAUUAAACUGAAUGA